UGCAAACGUUAAAAAAAAUUAACAAAAUUAAACUCCUACUUAAAGAACGCGGGUUGUAAGUCUUUUAUUUUGAAAAGGUAACACGAAGGCAAGUUUACCUGUGAAGACACUGCUUGCGCAGCCUUAACACAAACUGCGGUUUAAUAAUAUUUGUAAAAUUCGUCUUCUGCUAUAAGAAAUCUUUAAUGUUCCGACCAAGUCUUGUUCAAAUGAAUGUUGUUAAAGGUGGUGUCAUCACAACUGGUGCAUUAUGGGUCAUUGGAGGCCUGUAUCUAACCUGAGAGGUCACCUGUCUCGACAUCCCCCUGUUGUUUUGUUUUUCUUGUGCAUGUUGAUUCUGUCCCUAACUUUUGUUUGUAUUGGGCUUUACUCCCAGUAUCGCGAUUUAAAGAACCCAGAUAUCAGUUUAGGCUGGAACCAGGUUUUGGGUUCAAUUGCGGGUUUCAAAUUCUGCACACAUUUGAACGAUACAGAUGCACAUCUGGAGGAAGACUCUCCUCGUAUGGUGGAACAUGCCGACAGAAUCACAACAAAUGUUUCCAUGAGCACUUCUCAUGUUUCUGUCCUGGUACCUCUGGUGCUGAUGGGAGACAUCCCAGCUGACAGUGUCGUCAGCGCUACAAUGUUGGGCAGCCAGUUGGGUGUAAAAGGAGCUGCAGCAGAAACAUCAGUGACUGUUUUAUUUCACCUGCACACUGAUGUUCCUAUCAACCAGACUCUUGGUGGCACACUUACUGGACCAUCCUUGAUCUGUCUGCAGCUCACUGGCCUGACGCACGUUCUUCCUCAGACUCCGUCACCCCCAGAAUGCUCAUUGACGAAGAAUGUAGUUGAGACCACAUCACCUGUCAGAGCUGUUGCCAUAGAAACGUACAAGCAUGAUUCACCACACUGCUUUAGUCUGGGGUUCACAGCAGAUCCACACCUGACGGUUUUGCUCACACAGGAGGAAAAAGCCAUUUGUAGAUAUCAUCUGCUGUUGGUCAGUGUUGCACUGCUGGUCAUCUGUGUCCUGAUGAGUCUCUGUGGAACAUGUUCAUCAAAAUCUCCUUCUUACAAGGCGAAUGAUCUCCAAAAGGAAUCACUGCUGAGGCCAUGAAGAACCAGAACAUAUGAAGACCUGGUGCUUUCAUUAAAAAGGCAACAUCUGGACAUUCAAAUUUCAUUUUUUCCACAUUUCCGAAACCAACCGGUGUCUGUGUACAUAUUCGUUUCAUGAAUAGUCGAAGUAUUGUGUGACAGUCUUUGAGGGUCCACAAAGACAUAACCAGGAAUCGACGGAUGUCAUAAAACUUUACUUAAAGAGUAAGAUUGAUGAUUAUGUUUAAAAUGUAUAUUGCUGAUGCCAUUAAAUAAGGAUUGUUGAAAUUCAUCUUAUGUAAUUGCUGUGCCUUUUUGAAAUGGAAAAAAUAAAGGGUGUUUGACCAUGA